UCCUGGUGAAGUGUUAUGUGUACAUCAACAAUGGGGCGACAGAAACCCGUCAGACAUGUGUUGAUAGAUUUCUAUAUAUAGACAAUAUGGUAUACACCCGUUAAAAAAAAAAUGUGUUCAGUGAUAAAUUUUACUUCGAUAACUAAAACGGAAAAAAAAACUACAUCUUUUGUUUUGUAAUCAAUCGAGCAAAUGAUCACGUGUGUCUGCGCGGGAUAUUGACCUGCAUAGGUCGUCUGCACUAUCAGGUGACGAAAACAUUUUGCGUAACUAUUUACAUCCCCCACAUGAUUGAGAGUCAUGUGUCACCGCGUCAUGGUGUCAGAUCAUUGCACAAUGUGUGUUGUUAUUCUUAUAGUGUAGCUUACACUCUAGGUUAAAUCUUUCGGUUAGGUCUAGAUCUAGUUUUUUUGUGAUCGUACAGACGAAAUUAAAACUAGAUCUAGCUGUUAUUUAUUAUCUGAUCUUUAAUGCUGUACUCGUGAAUCAAAACAUUACCAAACGUGGAAUCUAGGUCAGGCUUUGUUUGGACACAAAUCUAGUCCGUAUUUAGAUUUAUCUAUAAACAAAGCAUGUAGAUCUAGAAUCUCAUGUCUCUUUUGUGCUAGAUUUGGUUCUAAUCACUUAACGAGGUCUCUUUAUCUGGCUUAAUAAAAAAAAGUGAACUGACCCGGAUAUUUACAUCCUAAGUAUCGAAUUUGUUUUGUGCUUAUUCUUCUAUUCAUCAAGUGUUUUUAUAAUCAGGCGUUUAAGUUAAUUAAAUGUGUCAGUUUAACAAGAACAUAACUCAGGUCUACAUCUAGAUUAACGCGUUGGAACAUAAAAAUGUUCUGUUUCUUGUAAUCAUGUACAACGUAUCGACACAUUUAAGUCAUGUACUAUUUAACGAACCACUAUGGAUCUUUAGAUAGUUUUUCAGUCAACUUGAAAAGAAGAAAAACAUGUUUUAAGUGAAACAAGCCCGAUCUAGAAUUAGUCCAAAAGACCUGCAUGACUAUGCACACCCUAUACAGAUGAGGCUGAACGCCUGGUAAUAAAAUUUAGUCAGUUGGCGGCAGGUGACAUUUUAACAUUAAAGUGACAGGAACACUGAACAUCGCACCAUUGUUUGGUGGACACAAAGAAUUGAUCCGAUGGCGUCAUCAGAUGACCGAAGGGAGAAAACUCCCUUACUCCCAAGGAAAGAGCGCCAUGACAAGACCCCGAGUUUCUCCGUUGCUCGAGCUCGUAUUGUCUCUGUUGUGAUACCGGUUCUGACGCUAUCUGCAGCUGGUGCCAACAGUGUCAUGAUGACCCAGUACAUCGUGGCCAAGCUGUCCGAUAAAAACGGACUGACCAGCAACGAGACGGCGAGGCCGCCAUGCCAGGUAGAGGCCAACGACUCGCGUGCCCGGGAAGCAGAUGAGAUAGAAGCUGAGGCCUCUCAGUUUUUAACAAACUUGGGCUUCUCCUUGUGUGGACCUGCUUUCAUCACUUGUCUUUUGUUUGGCUCCUACGGGGACUACAUUGGUCGUCGUCUGAAUUUGAUACUUCCGGCUUUCACUUAUUUGGCCAGAAUGGCUAUUACGGUGCUCAUUGUUAGAUUAAACCUAGAUCUGAGUUAUUUUUACUUGGCCUAUAGCGUGGAAGGUCUUGGCGGCUCCUGGUUUGCCAUGCUCGUUGGCCUGUUCUCUCUCACAGCGGACAUCAACAAAACGAAAAGUGGCCGGACGUUCUGGAUGACCUUAAUCAGCUGCUCCACCACCGUCACCACGGCGGGGGCCAACGUGGCCGUGGGCUACCUCAUCAAACAGGUUGGCUUCUUCUACGCCAGCCUGCUCCUUCUCGGGAUGAUGGGCCUCUCCUUCGUCAUCGUGCUGUUCAGCCUGCAGGAGACACUCCCGUCGGAAAAGAGGCCAAGGUCCUUAGGGAAUAACCCGCUCCUGUAUAUCAGGAGAAUUGUCUCCUUCUACCUGUUUGACGGCACGCUACGUAGAAGAGCUACAUUCUGUAUCUGCAUGGCCGUGUUCAUCUUCGGGGUGUCCAGUGAGAUCAACUUAGGCUCCCUAGAUUCUCUUUACCAGCUAGGGAGACCGUUCUGCUGGGACUCCACGCAGAUCGGGAACUACAUUGCUAUCAGGUCAGCUGGAGCGCCAUUUCUCGGGACGUUGCUUCUGAAGCUGCUGCAGAACUGCUUGCCCGAAGAAAAAAUUGGAUUACUGUGUAUUUUAUCACAAGCCGUGGCCAUGACAUUUGAAGCUUUUAUAAAGGUGGACUGGUACUUUUAUUUUGUCCCUGUUCUGUUAAUCCCAGAGUCUUCCUUUUGUCCCAUUGUGCGGUCACUAAUGUCCGUCCUGGCAGGCGCUGACCAACAAGGGGCUCUGUUUGCAAGUAUUGCUAUCAUGGAGUCACUCUGUCAGCUUGUCACGACGACAGGGUUCAAUAAAAUCUACGCUUUGACUGUCAGCUACAUGCCUGGAGCUGUCUACCUUGUCAUGGCGUCCUUUGGCUACACUUCAUUGAUUCUCUUCUGCAUUUAUUUCUGUAUUCGAGAACGUCCAACGCAGCAACAUGAACUAGUGAUUAACUCUCCUGAAGGAGAAAAGAAACUGCUGCCAACUAUCGAAUCUUGAUCUCUAAGAAUUGUUAGCAACACUUGGACAUUUCUGUGAUCAUUGAUUGUAUAUUUUUUAACCAUAUUUUUAAGGCAAUCUUUGUAUAUUUACUUUCUUAAAAAAAACACAUGUCUACCAUAUUGGUAAACAUAUGUACGCUUAAGCAAACUGCUGAUGUAUAAAUAUGUAAAUAUGAGAUGAUAGUGACCACAUAAUGACCACUCGCCAUAACACAUUCACAUUCGUUGUUUGAUAUUGACCACAAGUUGACGAAACAUUAUGUUUAUCAAAUGACUGACUUUAAGAUGACCCCUUACAAAAUAUUCCAAAUAUGAUUUAUAGUUAUGCCCUUUUUGGCGGAAGUGACCACAAGAAGUAGUGACCACAAGAAGUAGUGACCACAAGAAGUAAUGACUACUUGAAGCAGGGACCAUAAGAAGUGCCACAUUACUAACUUGUUUAAAUUUCAAUAUCUUCAAUGACUGACCACACACACAGAAACUAUUGAAAAACACAGCUCUGUUUAUUAGCUGUGUGUAUAUACUUAUUCUGUUCACUUUCGUACAUUCCUGUCAUUCCAUGAAACAUACAAUCUUUCACUUAUUUUUCAAGUGGUGUAUUUGAUAGUAAAAUGCUCAUAUGUAUAUUGAACUUUAUUGAUCACCCUUACCUGAUAGAUUUUGUAUAUCAGCUCACUCUACUUGUUUGUAAUGCCUUCAUUUCCAUGACCCGCCAGCCAAAUCGGCGAAGCCACAUGCUCUUGACCUGUAUGGCAAUAUCGGCGCACAGCUGUGCUCAGCAACACAACCUGGCAGGGUUUUGUCCAGGGCAAGAGAGAGUUUGAACUUCUCAGGUACACACACACACAGACAGUGUUUGAUGAUGAUGCAGAUGGUGAAUGUCUUUGUCUAUGGUGGUUGACUGGCUGUUAUCCUGCGGGUUUUGUCCCACGUAGCAAACCUGCCUUGAUUUUAAGUAAACAGGCGAAUCAAAGUCCUCCCUCUCUCCCUCCCUCUCUCUCUCCCUCCCUCUCUCUUGAGCCCAUAUUUUUUCAAGCGAUAUCGAGGCAGCACUUGUUAAGGCAUCCUCACUUGUUUCAGCCUCGGUGUCUAUGACGCCUCUCGUGUUAAUUAGGAUUUCACUUCGUCAUUCAUAAUUCAUCAUUUGGGCAUUAGUGAACGUUUAAGUAUAGAAAAAAAAAAUUCUUCUACAGAAAAUGCACAUUUUAUAAUUUUAAAUUUUGAACCCACAAAAAAAAUUCAAACCUGAAAACUAUGUGCUGUCGUCAGAGUUCUUUUUGUUACUUGACUUAUUAGGGAUUACUUAAAUAAGAACAAUUAAUACUCAAUAUACUUCAACUCUGGCUAUCCGUGAAUAACAAUUAUGUAAUUCUACAUACACUUUAACUUCAACUCCAGAUGUCCAGGGAAAUAGAAAUAAUUCUUUAAUAUUCAAUAAGCACAUAAUGACAUCAACUUUCAAUAAAUAUAAUACACAAAACUCCAGUCCAGGAAGCGACCGUCCAACCUUCCUGGACCCGGGAACAAGACCUCACUAACUAACACACUCUCUCGCACAUUCAAGAAAGACUAAAUCAUUCAGUUCGUAACACGUGCAAGACUACUCACAUUCAUAACCUGGGAUUACAUAAACAAGGGGAUAUAACUUUCAAAGAAAAGUAACAUAUUCAUUUUCAGCAUACCCCCCCCCCCGGACAUGUGCAUGUAUGUUUAAACAUGGUAGCAUUGCAGUACAUUAUUCUCCCAUUCAUCUUUUAAAUGUCUCUGUUAGAAGAAUUUUCAGGUGUUUUUUAAACCACAAAAUAUGUAGUCCUCAAAAAUGCACGUUAGACAAAAUAGUGGAAUAUUAAUGUAAUUUAAGGUCGGUAGUGGGUGAUAUUUGUAUUAUAAAAUUAUAUCUAGAGACUUAUAUGUACAUUGUGCCUUAAGAAUUUGGCUGUGAUAUUGAUGUAUACUGUAUUCGUGUAUUGUAAUGUGUAUGGUACUUUCGAUAAACAGGUUAUAUGGUCCUUUUAUUUGUGGCCUUAAGUUAUUUAAUUUAUUAAAAGUAAAGAUUUUAUUAUUGCUUAGUUUAUGCAUUAGGUUGUCCUUAAUAUAUAUAUAUAUGUACAUGAAGCUCUUGUUUAUUGUUGUCAGAUGAACGACUUCAGUUUUUACAUAGCUUACAUAAGCUCACUCGGAUAAGUUCACUCGGUCUGACUGUCUGAUAACAAUUUCGAGCAUGUUAUUUCUCUCUCUAACACCCAGUCACGGAUCAAGCUGAAACUUGACACAAAUAUUUAUUGUUUCUUAACAAAACACGAACAGAAAUAAGAGAGAGAAAAACCAGUUAGUCAAUUAAUUUACUGUUACCGUCAUUAAUUAUUUUGUUAGAUACCAACAUUGAAAAAUUGAUCCUUCAGCAUUUAGCUAUAUGUGUCUAAAUAUGUCAUGUUCUAGUAGACAUGUAUAGUCACCCACAUAUCCAUUUUCAAAUUGAACAUUUAACUAACUAGUUAAUUAAUGAUUGUAUUUGUGUUAUUUAAUUUCGAAAAAGGUAAAUAAAUUCUGCAUUAUCGAGAUAUAUAGUUGUAAAUGUGGAGUUCUUCCCCGUAGGAUGGCUGCCUGGUCGUGCGGUUUGCGCGCUGGACUGUCGUUCGGACUUAUCGAUGGUCCCGUGUUCAAACCCUGCCUGCUCCCAUCCCCCGUCGUCCUGCUGGAGGUUUGGACUAGGAAGUAAAUUAUCUUCAACUCUGAAGGAACAUCCGAAACAUGUUUACAAGAUACGCUUUGUUUAUUUUUUUAAAGAAUUUUUAUUUUAUAUUUUGCUUGUUUAAGUUUGUUCUACAGCAGAGACCGCCACAGUGUACAGACAUCUUCAAUUAAUGUUGUUAUCUCCCUUUUUCGUGUUCUAAAAAGUAUGUUGUAGCUAAGAUUAACAAAACCCUGGUUUUCACAGAAAGAAAAGCAAUGGCAAUGAUCUAUUUUUACUUUCUUACUGCUCUGUUCAAUUCGUAAUGACGUUUCCUUCCAGCUUAUAAAGAUUGUCAAUCUGUUGCAUCGAUUACAUUUUCCCUUUGGUAAAUGUUUCUAAUGUGAUACAAUUCUGGGUAAAUGUAUUUUCUUUAUCUAUCAUCCAGCUAUAGUUGUUACCACUGUAAUAUUCUAUAGUGCCAUUUCCUUGAUUAUAUACAGUUUACACAAUUAUUUUUUUUACAAAUAAAUUUUUAUUAAAUUUCA